CGGGGGGGUGAGCGCCCCGCUGCCGCGGGACGGCGCUGGGGAGCGCGGCCGGCCACGCCGUGUGGCGUCGCGUCGCGGGGCCCAUGGGUAGCGUGCGCUGGGCCUUCCCCUGCGCCGCCUGGCGCCCCUGCCGCGAGGAGUGGCUGCUGGCGGCGCGGCUGGUGCAGCCGGAGGAGAAGGACCGCAUCGGCCAGUUUGUCUUUGCCCGCGAUGCCAAAGCCGCCCUGGCUGGUCGCCUGCUGAUACGGAAAUUAGUUGCAGAAAAGUUGUGCAUACCGUGGAAUGAAAUACACUUGCAAAGGACGUCAAAAGGAAAACCUUUCCUGGCAAAUAACGUAUUCAGUAUCUAUUCGAGUUACAACUUCAAUGUCUCUCAUCAAGGAGAUUAUGCAGUUCUUGCAGCUGAGCCUGAGCUUCAAGUUGGCAUUGAUAUUAUGAAGACUAAUUUACCAGGUAGUAGCUCAAUUCCAAAUUUUUUUCACAUCAUGAAGCGACAGUUUACUGAAACAGAGUGGGGUGUAAUCAAGUCUAUGGGUAAUGAAUGGAUGCAGCUGGAUAUGUUUCAUCGGCACUGGGCCUUAAAGGAAAGCUUCUUAAAGGCUGUUGGAGUUGGAAUUGGCUUUAACUUGCAAAGAAUUGAAUUUAACGUGUCCCCAUUGCAGCUGGAAAUAGGGAAGGUGUAUAAGGAGACAAAAAUGCUUCUGGAUGGAGAUAAAGAAGAAGAGUGGAUGUUUGAGGAAACCCGGUUAGAUGACCAUCAUCAUGUUGCAGUGGCUCUUGGGAAACAGGAGGGAUUUGGACAGAAGCAUUCUGAUGUAUGUUCUAUGGAGCCUAACCAACCACAGUUUACAUUAUUGACUUUUGAAGAUUUAGUUGCAUCUGGUAUUCCAGUCGCACCUGAGGAUUCUGCAUAUUGGGAUAAUUUUUGUUCCAAGCAGGAGGGUCCAGUGAAACAGAAUUCACAUUCAAGAUAAGAAUGCUUGUAAGAAAAAGAAAAUUGUCAAAGUUGUUAUGCUGUUAUUCUAUGCAAUUCAGAGUGUGGGAAUAAGCGUACAUGUGUAAAUGAAACAUGUUUUUCCUUAUUUUAACUAGAAGUCUGAUUUUUACCUUUUUAAAAUUGACAUUCUUUAGCAAUAUCUUAAGGAAGGUUCAUGUUUCCUCAAUGAAGGAAUUCUGAGUGAAAAGUCCAAGCUGACCACAUGCUUUUUUUGCUUCUCCAUGCCUGUGGUUCUUACAUUUCAGUAAUUACCCAUGUUAGGAAUGGGAAGCAGAGCUAGUAAUGUUGUUGAUUAGUCAACAAGUGUUUAAUAUAUAAACGUUCUUCUAUACUUCAUUUAUGCUGAAGCUUAAAUUAUGAUACUGCCUUUUCAAUUACAAAAAUAAUAGUUUUAUUCUCAGAUGAACGAAUAAAACAGAAGAAUUGGUACAAAUCUUUUGCUGUUACUAUAUGGUGCAAGUGUUGGUACAGCACUUUGUGUAACAGCAGGCUGAAGAAAUCUGAAUCUUAGUAGUCUUGGAACUAUAUCUGUGCAAAACUAGUUUGAGACAGGGAAUCAAUUUGUAAAUAUUUCAUAUACUUUUCACUUAAUCUUUGUUAAUUAAAGCUUCAUGUAUUUAACUUAGGAUUUAGUUUUUAACAGUUCUUUUUGUAUUUUUCCCUUGGCAAUAGAUACGAGCCAAACAGCAGUUUGUUUUCGUAGACUUGCAUUUACAUCUGUACUGUUUUAGACACUAAGUCACAUGAAGAGGGGAAAAAAAAAAAAGGAAAAAAAAAAACUAUUUACUUUUUCCAAAUAGUCUUAUAACAUCUGAAGACAGAAUAUUUUAUUGGCUUACAGUGAAUUAAAAUUUCUGGAGAAGAUCCAUAGAUCUUGAGUGCACCUUUAGAGUAUUCUGUAUUCCUUUUCAAAACAAAUCCUAUUUUGUGCCAUUACCUUUCACUGUUCUUUCUAGAAAUCAUAGAUACAUUAUGGUCCAUCUAAAAGUAAGGAACCAUCAUGAACAGAAUGAAUCAUGCUGAAUGGAAUGAUUUUCACUACUAAAAAGAGCUCCUUUCUGUCCUAGAGUUAAACACAGAUCUUUAGUGAAUUCAGGUUUGCAUAAACCUUGGCUGCACCCUGUAUUGUGACUAAAGGAGAACCUACUUGUAGUGUAACCACUGAAGCUAUGCCAUAUUACAAAGAUAAAGAAAAGGUUUAGAGAGAGAAGGAUACGAGUUUUACAACAUUAUACAAGCUUUUGGAGUUCUGAUGUAGAUAAUUCUGAAUUCAAAUAUGCUGUUAAUCUUUCUUACUUCUACCAGUUCUGAUUAGUAUUUUUGUUUCCAUUUCAAUGACUCUCUCAUCUUGCAUGCCGAUCACAGGGUUUGGUGUUUUGCUUUUUUCCUUCACAACUGCAAAUCAGUGGAGCAGUGACUCUUCUUUCCAGACUCCACAGGGGUUAAAUUAGAUGUUCAGUAACUUCAAAUCUGAAGUUAACAGAAAUAAUUUAUGUACAAAAUGUAAGUCAAGUAUUCCAGACUGUUUUUUUAAAUCAAACACAACUUGCGAUAAAUAAUUGGCAUUCUGUGGAGGCCAGAAAAGGCUAUUCAGUGGAUAUGUAACUAUAAUUUACUGGGGUAGGAUAUUUAUAACUGAUUCAGUUGACUUCAUCUUAUUCUUUUCUACCUGAAUUGUACUGUAAUCCUAGAUGGGCAAGCACCUGAAGGUGCUGAAGAGCUGAGAUAACUAGAAGUGUUGCCAAGCUGUUUCUGUUUGAAAGUAUGCAGAAUAAGGAGGCUUAUUCAGAGUAUAAGGGGCUGGAGAGUACUGAGCUCCAUGGCUGGCUAACUGUUCCAGUACAUGCCAGUCCUCACCAGUCACUGAGGACCCCAUCAACUGCAGCUGUACCAGCCAGUUUAAAUUGCCAGCUAUUUUGAUGGGACAACGAAAUGAACUGCAAUGAAAUGAACGAAAUGAACGGUGUGAGAUGAACAGAGAGUUUUCAGAUCUAGAUUUCUGGGGAUAAAUGAAUUCAUUUCAUAUUAGAGGUUAUUUAUUUUUUCCUGGUGACAAUAUCUCAAAAUAGAAUUUUUCUCUCAUUGGAAAGAGUUUAAAAAAUAUUAAUGAAAUUAUUUAUAAUAUUUUGCUUGCGUGGAAGUAGAGGACAAGCCACUUUUGUUAAAUUAGAAAGUGAUACUUGGUUUGCUUGCCAGGAAUAUGAUAAUUUUCAGGACUAUAAUUAGAAAGGUUAGAAAAACAAAGGAGUGUAUUUUGGUUAGCUUUAUAUGAAAUAAAAGCAUAGUUUCUAACAUUCCAGAGAGAAUCAUCUAGAAUAUUGCAGUUCCUCAUAUUAUGAGUAUUUUCCAUGUCUUUGAUUUACAUUGAGCUAUUUGAAAAUUUGAAAAAUAAGAUUUCUUUUUUUUUUUUAGCCUUAGGUAGCAAUAAGGUUAGGUGAUGGUAAUGCCUUGUGAAGAGUCACUUGAGUCAGGUUGUUUAGCGUCAGUGCAAAUAGACAGAAUUUUUACAUUUGCUUUUACCACUGUGGGAAAGAACACUUUGUAUAGUUAUGGAAUUCUCAGCUGAAAGCAUGCUGCUAAAAGGCCAGCAAGAUACUCUGACUAUUUAUGAAUGUGAACAAACCUUAUUAAAGUCAUCAAAAUGUUUUUCUGGGCAUCUGUGUACUGUGGAGGCAUGUACUGAAAUCAGUAUUGCUAGUGUGUACAGAUAAGUUAAUGUAAUUUUACAGCUCUAAGUUUUUUAUAAAUUAUUUCACCAUCACAAUUUUCCUUUUACAAAAAUUGAGCCCUGUGUCCAAACAUGGCCAUAACACUGGCUUCCUUGCAUUUUCUUAGAAUACAGUCUUAAUGUCCAUAGACUGUCUCUGCUAUUUUUAGAAAUACUGGUCCGCCACAGCUCCACCUUCCCUCCCUAGUUCAGGUUGUUUGCUUGGUCCGGUGCAGAUGAGCUGACCUUUGCUGGUCUCCAUCACUCUUCUAUCUGCAAGAAAUUCCCCAGUUAUGUCUAGAAGCCCUCUGGCCUCCAGGUUCCUUCUCCAGAGCUCUGUUCCUUUAUCUGUUUUGUCUUCUAUAUACUGCCCUACACAUGACCGUACCAUGUACCUGGAUCCUAAAGGGUAAGAAGCUGCAAAAACACAAGCUCUGCUCCACAUGAGCCUUUCCUAGCAGGAGCUGUGACUAGGUGGUCGUUUUCCCUAUGGAGCAGGGUUGACCAGCCUCCCUGUAUCUCAAAGUACAUAUUUAUAUCUUAGAUCACAUCCCUAGAUCACUUAGAUCACUGCCCUAGACUGCAGACCAACCCGAUGUUUCUGAGGAGUAGCUAUUAACAGUCUCUGACCUAAAAAUAAAAAAAAAUAUAUUAAGUUUUGGUCUUCAGUGAACACAUUGACAAAAGUGAAUAGAUGUGGUUUAGUUUGGACGUUUAUCAUGUUUAAACCUUUGUGUAUCUUGCAUAAAAAUCGUUAAGAGUGGAUUAGGAACUUCACGGAAUAAAACUGUUCAAGACAAUUUGCAGCUGUGUGACAGGAGACUGGUGCCAUUUGAUGUGAAAAUCUGUAACUUUGAAAAGUGGAUCAUAUUAAUUCACUCUUAGCUUUUCACAACAUCUGUAAACCUAUGCAAGAGGUAUAUUGUUACGGUAUUAUGGGAUCAAAUGCACUGACGUUAAUCAAAUGUAUGUAUGUGCUUCAUGUUCCUCCAGAAUACACACAUUUGGGAUUGCUGUACGCUGUAUAGAAAAUGUAGGCAUGAAAAUAAGUCUGAAUUCUUCUCCGGAGAGACAUUUUAAAGAGAAACGUUUUAAAAGAGUUUUUCGAAGAGUCACUUUUUCUAAUGUUAUUUUCUUCUGCUGUACAUACUUUUUUUUUUUUUUUAAUGGCCAGACACUAUGUAUGGCUGAUAUUUCUGCUAAGACUGAGUUUAAUUUCUUUAUUGAAAUAAAAAGUGGCUUCUUUUGUGUUUGUGUUCAGA